AUGAAUCACCUCAAUUGCCCAAAUGGUGGCGGGAAAACAUCACAUAAGAGUAUACAAAGAACUGGGCCUAAGAAAUCAAAGAAAGGCAAGAAGAAUAAAAGAAAAACAAGAAAUAAAUCAAAAGGUUUCCAGUAUCCACUCCGUGUGAAAUUUCUCCAACUGAAAGACCCCGUCUGCUUCAAUAUGUAUGACCAAGCGUUGGAGAGAGCCCCGGGAAUGUACUCUUUUUAUAGUGAUUUAGAAGAAACAGGUUUGAAGGUAGACGUGAAGCUAGAAAAGGCAAUGCUUGGAAAGUGGACUAAACAAGGACGAGUUAAAGAAAUACAUCUCACAGUUGGUGAUAUCCAUGAAAAAAUAACAAGCGACUCCUUAAAAAAUGCGAGCCUUUCUACGGAUUCCGGUGCACCUUGGAAUAUAUCAUUGAUAUAUAGAAAUAAAACACACGAGUUGAAAGUUGAACUUGAAGGGUUUACUUUGGUGAUUACUAAUACAGAAAAAGACUAUUUAGAUAUUCUAGUCAAGGGGACAAUGUUACCAACUGGACAAUCAGGCACUGGCAUAAUAGGUCAAGUGUUUGGGAAAAAGUUUAAAGUUGUCAGGACGAUAACAAAACCAGCUAAGAAGAACAGAAAAGGAAAACAGACACCACAAAAAGAAAUGGUCAUCCUGAAAGUAGACAAGACAAAAAUGAAAAUAUUGAAGAAGACCGUUCAACAUUUUACUGCUGAUGACACAGAGAAAUGUUUCCCAUUAAACAAGUAUGAAGCUAAACUGGUUGACAUCAAACGUGCCCAACAUACCAUAUAAUCUGGAGAAAGUUAUGAAACGUAUUUAGAAUAGUUUUGUUUUUCAGUAUGCUUUAUAUAUAUACCAUAAACCAUUAUAUCUCAGGAGAGGAAAAAAUAACGAUGUCAUAGUUUUGCUUAACAGUAGAAGACCUUAUUGACGAAUAAAACUACAAAAUACAUAAGAAUUGAAAACUUAGGUAAUAACUUUUAAAUAUGAAUAUACAGCACAGCACAAAAUAAUCAAAUGUAAUUAAAUUAUCUACAAAUAACUGGAAACAAGCUUACAAGAAAAAAUUGUCACAAUAACAGGUUUUUCAAGACAGUUAACAUAAACAUAGCCGAAACAAAUGCCACAUUUUAUCUAAAAAAAGACAUCAAAGUCGGCACAUAAUUUAGAGAAUGUGACCAUUCAAUAACUGCAAACGGACAACACAUUUGACAGAAUAAUAGAAAUACCGACUCAAUUCAGAGACAUACUUGAAAGCAAUAAAAGAGAAAAAAUUAUAGCAAUAAGAAAAGACAUACUUCAUAGCAAUAAAGGAGACAAACUUUAUAGCAAUAACAAAUAAAGCAGAGACAAUGUCGAAAAUAUAAUUAAGUGCUUCAUUCGUCAAAAACAUUGUACAAUACCAGUAAUUAUAGCACGGCAUAAACAACUUAUGCCGGGAUACAUUUUAUGAUAUCAGAAAAAAUAUAGCACCACGCAAAUAACUACUACAUAUAAUAUAGCUUGCCAGAAUAAGUGUUUAUAUAACCAGUAAAUAUAGAACCACACAAACAACUACUACAAUAUAGCUUGUCAGAAUAAAUGUUUAUAUAACCAGUAAAUAUAGCACAACACAAACAACUACUGCAAUAUAGCUUGUCAGAAUAAGUGUUUAUAUAACCAGUAAAUAUAGCACAACACAAACAACUACUACAAUAUAGCUCGCCAGAGAAAAUGUUUAUAUUACCAGUAAACAUAGCCCCACACAAACAACUACUACAAUUUAGCUUGCCAGAAUAAAUGUUUAUAUAACCAGUAAAUAUAGCACCACACAGAAAAAUACUGCAAUAUAGCUUGUCAGAGAAAAUGUUUAUAUAACCAGUAAAUAUAACACCACACAAACAACAACUACAAUAUAGCUUGCCAGAUUAAAUGUUUAUAUAAUCAGUAAAUAAAGCACCGCACAAACAACUAAUACAAUAUAGCUUGCCAGAAUAAAUGUUUAUAUAACCAGUUAAUAUAGCACAACACAAACAACUACUACAAUAUAGCUUGCCAGAAUAAAUGAUUAUAUAACCAGUAAACAUAGCUUCACACACACACAACUAAUACAAUAGCUUGCCAGAAUUAAUAAUUUUAAUACCAGUACCAAAUAGCACCUCAAAUACUGCAGUACCAUAGUUCAGACCAUUACAUAUAAAUAAAAGCGCAAUAUAGCUUAUCACAAUAAAUAUUACAAUACCACUGCACCAGUAAAUAUUUGCAGACGUUGUUUUCUUUUGAAAAUAUUAGAACUUCAUCUUGUAGUUUCCAUACUAUAUGAUAUAUAAAAAUAAAGCAUAAUAAUCUGAUAAGAAAAUAUAUAUGUAUAUAUGUUGUAAAAAAUAAAUAUUAUUCUUGCAUUA